AUGAGGGAAGUGUACGUUUCAAAUUUAUGUCUUCCCGAAAAUGUGAACUACUCCUACUCCAUCUCCUACUCCAUCUACUACUCCAUCUCCUACUCCAUCUCCUACUCCAUCUCCUACUCCAUCUCCUACUCCAUCUCCUACUCCAUCUCCUACUCCAUCUCCAUCUCCUACUUCAUCUCCUACUUCAUCUCCUACUCCAUCUCCUACUCCAUCUCCUGCUCCAUCUCCUGCUCCAUCUCCUACUCCAUCUCCUACUCCAUCUCCUACUCCGUCUCCUGCUCCAUCUCCUACUCCAUCUCCUACUCCAUCUCCUACUCCAUCUCCUACUCCAUCUCCUACUCCGUCUCCUACUCCGUCUCCUACUCCAUCUCCUGCUCCAUCUCCUACUCCAUCUCCUACUCCGUCUCCUACUCCGUCUCCUACUCCAUCUCCUGCUCCGUCUCCUACUCCGUCUCCUACUCCGUCUCCUACUCCGUCUCCUACUCCGUCUCCUACUCCGUCUCCUGCUCCGUCUCCUGCUCCGUCUCCUACUCCGUCUCCUGCUCCGUCUCCUGCUCCAUCUCCAUCUCCUACUCCAUCUCCUACUCCAUCUCCUACUCCAUCUCCUACUCCAUCUCCUACUCCAUCUCCUACUCCAUCUCCUACUCCAUCUCCUACUCCAUCUCCUACUCCAUCUCCUACUCCAUCUCCUACUCCAUCUCCUACUCCGUCUCCUGCUCCAUCUCCUACUCCAUCUCCUACUCCAUCUCCUACUCCAUCUCCUACUCCAUCUCCUACUCCGUCUCCUACUCCGUCUCCUACUCCAUCUCCUACUCCGUCUCCUACUCCGUCUCCUACUCCGUCUCCUACUCCGUCUCCUACUCCAUCUCCUGCUCCAUCUCCUACUCCGUCUCCUACUCCGUCUCCUACUCCGUCUCCUACUCCGUCUCCUACUCCGUCUCCUACUCCGUCUCCUACUCCGUCUCCUGCUCCGUCUCCUGCUCCGUCUCCUGCUCCGUCUCCUGCUCCGUCUCCUGCUCCAUCUCCAUCUCCUACUCCAUCUCCUACUCCAUCUCCUACUCCAUCUCCUACUCCAUCUCCUACUCCAUCUCCUACUCCAUCUCCUACUCCAUCUCUUACUCCGUCUCUUACUCCGUCUCUUACUCCGUCUCUUACUCCGUCUCUUACUCCGUCUCUUACUCCGUCUCUUACUCCGUCUCUUACUCCGUCUCCUACUCCGUCUCCUACUCCAUCUCUUACUCCAUCUCUUACUUCAUCUCUUACUCCAUCUCUUACUCCAUCUCUUACUCCAUCUCUUACUCCGUCUCUUACUCCGUCUCUUACUCCGUCUCUUACUCCGUCUCUUACUCCGUCUCCUACUCCGUCUCCUACUCCAUCUCUUACUCCAUCUCUUACUUCAUCUCUUACUCCAUCUCUUACUCCAUCUCUUACUUCAUCUCUUACUCCAUCUCUUACUCCAUCUCUUACUCCAUCUCUUACUCCAUCUCUUACUCCAUCUCUUACUCCAUCUCUUACUCCAUCUCUUACUCCAUCUCUUACUCCAUCUCUUACUCCAUCUCUUACUCCAUCUCUUACUCCAUCUCUUACUCCAUCUCUUACUCCGUCUCUUACUCCGUCUCUUACUCCGUCUCUUACUCCGUCUCUUACUCCGUCUCCUACUCCGUCUCCUACUCCAUCUCUUACUCCAUCUCUUACUUCAUCUCUUACUCCAUCUCUUACUCCAUCUCUUACUUCAUCUCUUACUCCAUCUCUUACUCCAUCUCUUACUCCAUCUCUUACUCCAUCUCUUACUCCAUCUCUUACUCCAUCUCUUACUCCAUCUCUUACUCCAUCUCUUACUCCAUCUCUUACUCCAUCUCUUACUCCGUCUCUUACUCUGUCUCUUACUCUGUCUCUUACUCCAUCUCUAAAGCUCCUUCCACACCGCCGACGCUGGAACGCUGA